AUGGCGGCUCAGGGAGGCGAGGCGGCUGCCGGAUCCGACCCCAAGCCCAACGAGGGCUGGAGUGUAGAGCAGACAAGUUCAUCUCAGUACCAACCUUCAGCAUCGGGUCAUCAUGCGUGGUCUUCUUCAAGUGGGGCUUCCUGGAACUAUUCAGUGGAUAAUACAAACCAAAAUGCAGUUUAUUACGAUCCACAAAGGGAUGUCUCAGUUUCAGGGGCUACUCAAAAUGUGACAAAUGGUGCACCUCAUGUGACUCAACCGGCUGUGGGCACAACUAAUGCAACCAAUACUUAUGCACCUUACUCAAAUUCUGUUCAACCUGCCUACAAUGCUGCACAAUAUCCAAACUAUUACCAUAACUAUCCACAACCUGCAAACGAUUCUUCUCUUCACCAAGGAGUAGAUCAAAGUUCAGGUGCUGCAUAUCAGCCUCUUACUUCAUUUCCGAAUUCAGGAUCUUACGUUGGUCCUACAAGUAACACAUAUUAUAAUGCUGGUGCUGAUCAGACUGCGCAAGCAUAUGCCACCAACAACUAUUAUUAUCAAAACCAGGCCUGGUCUGGAGGAAGUUCUGGAGAUGUUCACGCCCAAACAUAUCAGACUUAUGCUCCAUCAGAUACUAAUGCUGCCCAGAGUUCUUGUUCUCUGCCCACCACUUCUUUCCACUAUCCUCAACAGUACAACCAGUGGUCUAAUUAUUAUGACCAGUCUGCACCAAACUCCGGUGCUUUAGCAGUUGCUGGCAACAGUGCUUCUGAUACAAAAUCUCCUAGUGCCGGUUCUGGUUAUACAUAUCCGAGCACCCAGCCGCCUCCACCGGGUACUACCCAACGGAAAAAUGAUGCUGUUGCACCUACUGCACCUCCCCAGGCGGUGGGAAUCACAGGGUUUCAAAGCCAGCACGUCAACCAGGCACCAGGUGCCCCAGGGUUUCAGAGCCAGCAUGUCAACCAGGCACCAGGCGCCCCAGGGUUUCAAAGCCAGCACGUCAACCAGGCACCAGGCGCCCCAGGGUUUCAAAGCCAACACGUCAACCCGGCACCAGGCGUGCAAGGAUUUCAAAGCCAGUAUGUCAACCUGUCACCAGACACUCCAGGAUUUCAAAGCCAGCAUGUCAAUCCGGCACCAGUCACACCAGGGUUUCAAAGCCAGCACUUGAACCAGGCACCAGGCAACCCAGGUUAUGAAAACCCCUAUGCUAACAAGACAGCUGCCGUCUCAGGGUUUCAGAACCAUUAUAUCAACCAGGCACCAGCUUACCAACAAAACUCUACAAGUCAUAGCCAGUUACCAUUAAGUAACCAACGAGAUCAACAGAAAGCUUUGCAUGCGCAAGGUCCAAGCUCAAAUGUUUAUUCAGUCAAUCAUGUUAAUGAAAACUCUCAACCAACUUUGCAGGGUUUUGCGAAAACAGUUGCCAGUGUAAAUAAAGUACACAUCCCGACAAAUCCUCGAAUAGCUCCAGGUUUCCCAAUGUCAAUGCCCCAAACCGGGAAGAAAUUAGAAGCUGAUUCAUCGCUAAAACCUGCUUAUGUUGGUGUUUCCAUGCCCAAGACUGACAUGAAUGCAGCUCAAGAUGGUCAUGGAGCUGCCGUUCAGGGAUCAUUCCCUGUUUCACUUUGUACUUAUGUCGAGCGGAAUCUUUCCCGUUGCAAGGAUGAUGCCCAGAGAUCUGCCACCCAAAGCAUCAUGAAGGAGAUGAUCACCAAGGCAACUGCUGAUGGGACCCUUCAUACUAAGAAUUGGGACAUUGAGCCGUUAUUAGCUUUGCCAGAAAAUGCUAAAGGCACAAAUAUGACAAGCAACGCAAAGGAUUCAAGUCCCUUCUCCUUUUCAACAUCUAGGAGGAGCCCGAGUAGACGUACGAAGAGUAGGUGGGAGCCUGUUGCAGAGGAAAAAGUAACUAACAAGGUGGAGGUUGUUUCGAAAGAGCCAGCAAAAAGUAAUGCCUGCACUACUUGGGAAAAUACUAGAAGAACGGGUAACACUUGGAAUCUUGGAAACUUUGUCCAGUCGCGUCAGCCUCCUACAAGCCAAUGGAAUCAGAGGCCCUCUAAAAAGCAGCGGAUUGGUGGUAAUGCGAAUCUAACAAAAAACGGGAAUGCUUCUAGUGACAGUGAUAAGGAGCAGGAUCUUACGAAAUAUUAUGCCAGUUCAAUUGCACUAACAAAUUCACCGGAGGAGAAGAAGCGACGAGAGCAUAGAUCUAAGCGAUUUGAACGUGGUCAGGGUGCAUCAUCAAAAUCUACGAGUUCCAUACCAUAUAAGGAUGGAGCAGCCAAUGUAUACACAAGGGGAGCCAUUUCAAUGCUUAACAAUAGAAGUAAUGGAGAUGGUGCUAGCUUGGCGGUGGAGGACAUCGACUGGGAUGCACUUACAAUUAAGGGAACAUGUCAGGAAAUUGAGAAACGAUAUCUACGCCUUACAUCCGCACCUGAUCCAGCCACUGUAAGGCCAGAAGAUGUCUUAGAGAAAGCUCUUCACAUGGUUGAAACAUCUGAAAAGAAUUACCUCUAUAAAUGUGAUCAAUUGAAAUCUAUCAGGCAAGACCUUACUGUUCAGAGGAUUCAGAACGAGCUGACUGUCAAGGUUUAUGAAACUCAUGCACGCUUAGCACUUCAAGCUGGAGAUUUGUCCGAAUAUAAUCAGUGUCAAUCACAGCUGACGAGGUUAUACGGUGAAGGAAUCGCUGGCUGUCAUCUUGAGUUCUCCGCUUACAACUUGUUGUGUGUCAUGUUACACUCUAAUAACAAAAGAGACUUGCUUUCAUCCAUGGCAAGCUUGUCAAAGGAGGCCAGGCUAGACGAAACAGUCAAGCAUGCGCUUGCAGUUCAUUCUGCUGUUUCAUCUGGAAACUAUGUCAUGUUCUUUAAAUUAUACAAGAAGGCACCUGGCUUGAACUCAUGUCUUAUGGACCUCUAUGUUGAGCGGAUGCGUUUUGAGGCAAUAAAAUGCAUGUCAAAAUCUUAUCGGCCAACUGUACCUGUGAGAUAUGUUACACGAGUUUUGGGAUUCACAAGAGUUGACGUACUUUGUGAGGCUAACGUAGCUGAUGGUUUAGAAGAAUGUGAGGAAUGGUUAAAAGCACAUGGUGCCGUUCUUGCAGUAGAUGAAAAUAGCGGAGAAUUACAGAUAGACACAAAGGUUUCUUCUGCUUCUCUAUACAUGCCGGAGCCUGAUAAUGCUGUUUCACAUGGUGAUGCAUCUCUUGCCGUAGAUGAUUUUUUGGCGCGAGCAUCAUAA